UGACCUAUGAUGAUGUGCAUGUGAACUUUACUCAAGAAGAUGGGCUUUUCUGGAUCCUUCACAGAAGAGUCUCUAUAAAGAUGUGAUGCUGGAGACCUACAGGAACCCAACUGUUAUAGGUUACAAUUGGGGAGACCAUAAUACUGAAGAACAUUUUCAACAUGCUAGGAGACAUGGAAAGCAUGAAAGAAGUCACACUGGAGAGAAAGCUUCUGAAUUUACUUGGUGUGAUAAAGCUUUUGCAUGUCAUAGUUAUCUUCAAAGGGAUGAAAGAAUUCAUACUGGAGAGAAACCUUGUGAAGUUAUCCAGUAUGGCAAAGUCUUUGCACGACACAAUGAUCUCCAAAAAUAUAACAGAACACUUACUGGAGAGAAACCCUACAAUUGUAAUGAAUGUGGUAAAACCUUUGCCUAUCAUAAAUGUCUUCAAAGACAUAACAAAACACAUUCUGCAGAGAAACCCUAUGAAUGUAAUCACUGUGGUAAAGCCUUUACACAUCAUACUGCUCUCCAAUAUCAUAAAAGGACACAUUCUAGCAAGAAACCCUAUAAAUGUAACCAAUGUGGUAAAGCCUAUUCACGACAAGAUCAUCUCCAAAAACAUAAACGAACACAUACUGGAGAAAAACCUUAUGAAUGUAAUCUCUGUGGUAAAGCCUUUGCACAUUACAAUAGUCUUCAAGUUCAUAACAGAACACAUACUGGAGAGAAAUCCUAUGAAUGUAAUCAAUGUGGUAAAGCCUUUUCAUGUCUGACUGGUCUCCAAUAUCAUAAAAGAACACAUACUGGAGAGAAACCCUAUGAAUGUAAUCAAUGUGGUAAAGCCUUUACAUGCAAUAAUGGUCUCCAGUAUCAUAAAAGAACACAUACUGGAGAGAAACCCUAUGAGUGUAAUCAAUGUGGUAAAGCCUUUACAUAUAAUACUGCUCUCCAAUAUCAUAAAAGAACACAUACUGUAGAGAAACCCUAUGAAUGUAAUCAAUGUGGUAAAGCCUAUAUAUGUCAUACUCAUCUCCAAUAUCAUAAAAAAACACAUACUGGAGAGAAACCCUAUGAAUGUAACCAAUGUAGCAAAGCUUUUGCAUAUCGUGAUUCUCUUCAAAAACAUAAAAGAACACAUACUGGAGAAAAGCCCUAUGGAUGUAACCAAUGUGGUAAAUCCUUUGCAGACCAAAGUUAUCUUCAAAAGCAUAAAAGAACACAUACUGGAGAAAAACCAUAUGAAUGUAAUCAAUGUGGUAAAGCCUAUUCACAACAUAGUCAUCUCCAAAUACAUAAACGAACACAUACUGGGCAAAAACCGUAUGAAUGUAAUCAGUGUGGUAAAGCCUUUUCACAACUCAGUCAUCUCCAAAUACAUAAAAGAAUACAUACUAGAGAAAAGAAUGUGUGA